CGACAUAAACUCCUCGUGUCCAAGUCAGUUCAACAUGGACACGUAAUAAGGACGUAACACACGGAAAUUGGAGAUGUUUUCUUGAAAUAUUGUGCACAAGUCUUCACUUAAUAUAUAUGCGAAGACAAGAGUUUGUUUACAUCAGCGAAGAUCGUGUAUGGGAAAAAAAUAUCUUCACCUAGGUCACGUGACAAAAGCGAGGGCUAUUCGAACAAGGCGAUGUGUGAUAGCAUGGACGAUAGUCCCGAAGCCUGCGCGAGACGGAGGCUGGAAUUCCGCUCAAUGCCUUUCAAAAGUAAGUCAUUUUAUGUUGAUGUGAAAUCCAAACCUGUGCGACAACGUGUCGAGGGAUAUAUUCGUCAGUUGGGAGGCUCCGUAGAAACGUUUCUGUCAAACGACGUACAUGUUUGUGUAUCGGAUUCUCGCCCUCUGACAAAGAGACCGAGUCGAUUGCGGGGGGAAACCACCCUCGAUCGUGGCGAUAUAGCGAAACGUAAACAAGACAUUCCCCUGAGUCGAGGAAGAGCUUUGUUGUUGAAAGCUAGGAAAAACACAAGUGAAAGUUUGGCAUCCGAGGUGAACAAUGCAAGUAAUAUUCAAGACAAGGCGGCGGAGAUGGGGAUCACCACUGAGCAUGUUCACGGUUUCAUUAAACGCUGCAAGGAGCUUGGGGCAUCGAAUAAACAGGUAACCAAAAAGGAACCCCCGAAUGAAUUUCUUCCCAUAAAAUGGGAAGAUAAGUGUUUUAUUAAAGUGGAGGAUGAUUCGUGCCAGUAUAAACCGAUUCAUAAGAAACUAGAAAAUAUGCCCUUGCUGUAUGCCGACAACGGGGGCGGGUCGCCUUUUGACUGUCCAGUGGUUCUCGUCCGCCCCACGACAGGGAGUACAGUGAAAAAGGGGCCAAAACCGAGUCGUUUUUCUCACAACAAGGGGGGCUAUUGCGAGAUGUGUCAGUGCUGGUACAAGGACUCUCUUCGGACACACAGCAGGAGUGCUGGGCAUCAGAAGUUUGUCAGGAAUAAAGAAAAUUUCGCAGUGUUGGACAAAAUUGUGCGAAAAUUACCGAAUUUGUACAAGUUUUUAUUCAAGCACAUUCCUAUUCGUAAUGUUGACAAACCCCCUUGUUACAAGUCUGAUGUCACUCCGGCAACGUCCCCAGACAUUCAAAUGACACAUCCCACUAAAGAUGUUUACGACUUCGACGUCCCCGGCGACAAUGUCGCCAAUGUAGAGGAUGUCAAAAAUAUCGCUCCACCCACGGAGGGGUUGCCGAUGUUGCCGGCGUCGUCUGUCACUACAAACAUCACCAACAGUACUACUACACUUCCCUGUAUCGAUGCCAUUCUAUCUGGUGAAAUCCCCAUCCCAGCAGUACCAGACAAGGUGGAUAACUCCGUCACGCCUGUAUUGACGCUGAACGAUUGUGAUAUGUUCUCAUGUAUCCUCGGUGACAAUGUCGCUGAAGCCAAUAUGUUUUCUGAAGUAUCUGAAACGGAUUCUCAAACGAACGUGUUGAAAAAUCUAAUAGACAAUUUAUCUUUGCAAAACGAAAACGUCGUAUCUCAGAUUACACACGAAUCGCCAAUGGUUGUCAACACGCCCCGCGAGCAGACGUCACAGUCAGUAGGCCCAUGUCCAAAUUCAGCUCGCGCAGUUGAUACGGUCGAACCCCGGCCACUCACGUCUCUUACAUCAUGCACGGGUUCAGCACGUGAGUUAGAUGAUACGAUUGUGUCGCCACACGUUCAGUCAAUGACGUCAUGCACGAGUACCGAAAGUUCUUCCGAUGACUCGAGUGAAAAUUCAACAUCACAAACCAUGACGUCAUGUACAAGUACAUCACGUGCAUCUGACUCCACCAUUGAAACUACGCCUGCUCUGAAAAUAAACGAGACUCCGAUGUCUGUAGGUUCCCCCGUCCAGUUGCCAAAGGUGACGGCAUCAAUCCCCACCCCCGGACAACUAAAGCUGAAGCUGCUUCUCAGUGUGGAUGCUAAUCCAUCCAGUCAACAAAACACGAAUACAUCAAAUGUCAGAUGUGAGAAAGACAAAAAUAAGGUCACAUACUACAGCCAUAAGACUAGUGAUACCAAGUUAAAGUUGUGUAAGGUAGUUGUUACGCCCGUUGCCCAGAAAUCCAAUUUAAAGAUGUUCUGGAAAGUUCGCAAGACAGGCGACUGCCGUUUGUUGUUUAGCUCUGAAAAGAGAAAGCGUUCCGUGUCUGACGAGAACGCCUUGGGGGUCGGAAAUGAGGUGAUGAGCCCCCGUAGGGCCCAUGAUGUCACCCCUAAGCCGAAACGCCAGAGACUCGUCUUCUGAAACCUGAUCUCAGUGAUGGUGGUUCAGUGGUGCCACGUACCUAUAAGCUGUAAUGUGAUAAACAGUAUUAUGUCGUUGUGCAUCAGUGAUGACUUGUUAAGCUGACAACGACCGAUAGAUCUGACUUUUAUGUUCAUUUAGUGAUCUCAGAUAUCCAGUCAUAAUGUAGAUUUUAUUUCUAUUUAUUACUGUGUUUUACAGACAGAUAUCCAAAGCUACACUGUGUUAACUAGUGUCAAAGACGUGUUAAUCUGUCCAAGUAUUCUGAUGUUUUAGUCAUCUAGUCAUGUUGAAGAAUAUUCAACGUCUCAUGACAUAAUUUAUUUUACAAGUGGUAUUGCAAUGUUCUGGGGUAUGGUGAUUGUAACAUACGUCCUGUGUAUUUUACAACAACCCAUGCAGAAAUUAUUAAAAGAAAGGAAAUCA